AGGUCAUAUGAAUAGUUACCUUUUGUAAGUUUAUUGUUGAUUUUAAUAAGUGGUUGGAAGAAUGAAGAUUUUCGUUAAGCUAAUUCAUAUUUGAAAAAGUAUUCAUUUUUAAUAUGUUAUCCAUUUAGAAUUGAUUAAACAAUAAAGAGAAAAAAUAAACCUCCUUAAAUAAAUAAAACGUAAGAAUAAGGAUAAACAGCAAAUGAUGUGAAUAUCAAUUUAGAAAAAAAAGUGGAUGAUUAAUAAGUAUGAUUAUUAAUUCUUAGAUUUAACAAGGUGGAAAGAAGAAACAAUUAUUAAGGAAACUAUCGUAGAUAUAAUAAUAAUUCAUCAUAUAGAAGAUUUGAUAAAAGAGAUAAACGUGAUUAUGAUAGAAAUCAAAAAAAUGAUAGGAAUGAUGGUUAUGAUCGAAAUGAAAGAACUGAUAAAAAUGAAAGAAUUGAUAAAAAUGAAAGAAAUGAUAGGAAUGAUAGAAAUGAUAGAAAUGAUAGGAAUGAUAAGAAUGAGAAGAAUGAUAGAAAUGAUAAAAGUGAUAGGAAUGAAAGAAACUAUAGUUUUAAUAGGGACAAAUAUAGAAAUAGAUUUAAUGAUAGAGAUAGAAACAAUAGAGAGAGAGAAUAAAAAGGGGAUGAUAGAAGUAAAAAUUAUAUAUAAUAUUAUAAGAUUAAAGAAAUUAUUAAUAUAAUACAAAGUGGGCUCAUGAUUGCUUUGAAAAAGACAAAGAUUAAAGUCCAAAUAAUAAUGUAUGAAAUAUUUUUAAUUUUAAUAAAUAGCAAGUUAAACCAAGAGGAUCCCCAAUAUACAAAUGAGUAAGAUUAAAUAUGCA